CUCAUCAAAAUCGCAGUCACGAGCUACGGUCGUUAUCGUUAAUAAAUAAUUGGAUAAGGAAAGACAAAAAUGCAUGUAUAUUUUGGAUAUGCCUCGUUGUAUGUAUAUGACACCAAAAAAAGUAGAUAAUUUCCUUAGUAAAUUUAGUAAAUGAACCUACUGUGCUUGAGACGAAGUCAAAGUAAAGUGCCUGAAGCAAGUGCUCUAAGAAUCAGAUACAGAAUUUUUACGUCCGCAUCCAACUGUCUACAUUUGUCUUUUAAUAGGGUCUAAAGCUCUUGCUCUACUAGUACAGAUGUCAUACUAGUUGAUAGUAAGUGAAUUGGAACAAAGCACAGCGCAUAACUAUUUUUUUUAUCAUGUAUUAUUCGUAUCAGUCAUAAUCAUUAAGAGAAUCAUUAAAGAGAAUCCGCUUUGUAUCUUGUUAUUCCUUUUUAAUUCCCUUUUUUCCUUUUUCUUUUAGCGUUCCAUCACGCCGAGCAUCGCCUAACACAUCAGAGCUUCUUUCGUCAAACUCUUCUUUCAAUUUUUGAGUAGCGCUCUUAGUCUUUUCUUCAUAAUUCGUGUCUUUUACACCCUGAGCUGUUCUUUUGACGGAUUCUGCAGUUUCGUUCUUCAGCUGUUCGGCAGGCUUUUCAUUUACUUCUUGCGAGAUUUCUUCACCUUUCUUGCCCAAUGCCUUCUUGAGUUUUUCAAGUUUUUGCGGACUUUGUUCUAGCGUUUCCUUAAUGUACUGACGGAUCGUCGUGUUUCUAGGUGCCGUUGCACUCCAAGACCAUGCGAAUCUUGUUGCUCGAAAUGCCAUUUUCCUAGGUCUUAUAAAUGUUUGUGUAGUUAAAGCUUUAAUACUCGUCUUUGAGCUAUUUUAUAAAAGAAUGCUUCAAUGGUUUUACUGCCAUGUCUAUAUAUACUGAUGAACAGCUGCAUUACAUCAAUGCUGCAUCAUGAAUUAACAACGAGCCAUAUACUUAGUUGGAUGAGUUAAAAACCAGUUUAAUGUUAUUUACCGAUGUUAGUUUAACAUUUCAUAUUUACGUGGUUGUUUACUUUCUAUUUAUCUCAGCUGUGAAGCGAAUAUUUAGGAGUUGAGGUUGGCGAGCCUGCAUUGUUUGUUUACGAAUAUGAAAACAACAUGGGUAUUUCUUUCAUACCUCUGCCACUUGUAUCGCAAAGGGAUUGCAAGGAGUGAAAGCAGAAUUGUGAAUGACUGACUUUAAGGGAAAUUCUUUUAAUCAUAGCUCACAUAGUCUACUUGGUCAAGAUUUUCCCGUCUCAGCUUCGCAGCCAAAUCUUUCAUCUUCACAGUCUACUUUUGAUCCAUAUUUAGAAAAAUCAGAAAAUUUUGAAGCUUCUAUAAGAAGCUCUCAUGAUUCUGCUAUUCCAGUCGAAGAUGAAUCUACAAUUUCUGUUUCUCAUCUUUCAAAUCGGAAAAGGUCGGGCUCGACUGAUAGGCCCCCGGAUCCCGAACUUGCAUCCUGUGCGAAUACAAAGGAGAUUUCGAUCUCUGGACAGGCUACUUUACCAGAUGAAACGCCAUCUCGUCGUAUUUACGUGAAUCAUAUUCCAGAUGAGCAUGCAAAUCUUCCAAAGCAGACGUUUCCUAGUAAUAAAAUACGGACAACCAUGUACACUCCUUUGAAUUUUGUUCCAAAGAACCUUUAUAAUCAGUUCAAGAAUGUCGCAAACGUCUUUUUUCUCUUUCUAAUUCUUCUUCAGUGUAUUCCUACAUUUGCUGCAAGACAUCCUGCUUUGCCAUUCAUCCCGUUGUCCAUUAUUCUAUUGAGUACUGCAAUUAAAGAUGGUUUCGAGGACUACAGAAGGUCAAUUCUAGACAACAAAUUCAACCAUACUAUCACAUUUAAGUUGACUGGAUGGAAAAAUGUGAAUUCCUCAAUGGAGCAUGUUGGGCCCUGGAGACGCUUCAAAAAGUUCGUUUCACAUACUCUUCACCACAAUAUCAAAUCAUUCGGAAACGCUUCCCAGUGCCCAUCUUAUGCUCCUUCCAUAUUUUACUCGAGAAGAAAUAGUCGUGAUUCUUAUUCGUCGAAUUUCUCUCUCAUGACGGCCCGAGAGGGCAUUGAGGUUCUUGGCAUGGGAAACGCAUCACAUUCUCAAAAUUUUUCUGUUGUCCCAAAAGAACCUCUUCAGUCUUCCGAUGCUCAUUUUGAACCGGUCUACCGAAAGAAAAUUCAAGUAGGUGAUAUCGUUCGUGUUCGUGCUAAUGAAGCCAUUCCUGCCGACUUGUUAAUCCUAUCGACGGAAAACAAAGAAGGUGUUUGUUAUGUCGAGACGAAGAACCUUGAUGGGGAAACAAAUUUAAAGGACAAGUAUUCUCUGUAUUCCACUAAAGAAUGUCGAUCCGAACUUGAGUGCUCCUCUGCAUCUUUUUGGAUUCAAUCCGAAGAGCCACAUUCAGAUUUGUAUAAUUUGGUUGGUGUCCUAAAAACUAAGGUUUCCGAUAAUUCAAAUCAAAAUACCGAGGGUACUUCUGCUAUAAAGCAGGAGCCAUUCAACAUGUCUAAUAUAGCUCUUUGCGGUUGUACUUUACGAAACUCAAAGUGGAUUAUAGGACUAGCUUUAUAUACAGGCUCUGAAACCCGUAUCCAAAUGAAUCGAGGGGUUACUCCGUCAAAACGAAGUCGAAUCACAAGGGAACUCAAUUGGACUAUCGCUCUGAAUUUUUUACUUCUUUUUUUGAUGUGUAUCAUAUCUGGCAUUUUAAGGAUGGUAUAUUCAGCUCGCCAGAAUUCUGCGAAGGUCUACGAGUUCUAUGAAUUAUCAAGAGCUACAGCUUCGGUACCUGUUCAGGGAAUUGUAAGCAUUUUCACCUGCUUAAUUCUUUUUCAAAACCUGGUACCCAUCUCAUUAUACAUCACAAUCGACAUAGUUCGUACAAUGCAAUCCUUUUUUAUUCAUAGUGAUAUUGAAAUGUAUGACGAAAACCUUGAUUAUCCUUGUUCUCCGAAAUCUUGGAACAUUUCUGAUGAUUUGGGCCAAAUUGAGUAUGUCUUUUCCGACAAGACAGGAACCCUGACUCAAAAUGUUAUGAAUUUUAGAAGGACUACCAUAAAUGGUGAAGUCUAUGGAGAAGCUUAUACUGAUGCCACACGCGGUUUUGACAAAGCUGCUGGUCGUGCAGAUUCCAAACGGCUACAUCAGAUUGAAGAGGAUAGGAAUGAAAUGAUCAAGCUAAGCAAAUACGGGAAUCCGAAGACAUCUUCGUUUGUUUCAAGUGCACUUGUCAAGGAAUUGCAAUCACCAACUGAACAGUCAGAAUAUUGUAAAAAGUUUUUGACCGUACUGAGUCUCUGUCACUCUGUUGUUACAGACGGAAAUGGUGAAUCUUUGGUAUAUAAUUCUCAAUCUCCAGACGAAGAGGCUUUGGUGAAAGGUGCUUGCAAUUUAGGAUUUGUUCUCAAAAGUACGAAAAACAAGCGCUAUAUUGUUGAAGUACUUGGAAAACGCAACCGAUUCCAAGUUUUAGAUAUUAUUCCAUUUACAUCAGCAAGGAAACGAAUGAGUAUAAUUAUCCGGGAUAGAAAUAACGAAAUAUAUCUCUACUGCAAAGGAGCUGAUAGCGUAAUACUCAACAAGUUGGCAGAAAAUAAUUCAAGCGAACUAAUCGAGAAAACAACGCAAGACCUUUCACUCUUCGCUGCAGAAGGAUUUCGAACGCUGUGUAUCGCUGAAAGAAAACUGGAGAAAAAUGAAUAUCUAGAAUGGAAAGUUAAGUUUAACGAGGCCAAUUCAGCUUUACAUAAUCGAAAUGAAAAAAUUGACCAAGUCUCAAAUUUAAUUGAAAGGGAUCUAUCUUUACUGGGAGGAACUGCUAUUGAAGACAAACUUCAGGAGGGUGUGCCUGAAACCAUAGAUUUGCUUUCAAAAGCAGGGAUUAAGUUAUGGGUUUUGACUGGCGAUAAGGUUGAAACUGCUACUAACAUUGGGUAUUCUUGCAACUUGUUGGAAAGCGGUAUGUCAAUUAUCCGUAUUGAUUCUACUUUCUCUGAACCAGAAGAAAUAAAAGAUUUUAUCCAGAAGAAUCUGUCUACAGAAUUUGGAUUGGAAGGAAGCGAAGAGGAAUUCAAAACACUGAUGCAAAAUCAUGACCCUCCUUCAACUCAUUAUGCUGUUGUCAUAGACGGAAGUGUUUUAAGCAUGGUACUGGAAAGUGAGUUUGCUUAUUUAUUUGUCAUGCUGUGUAAAAACUGCAGAACAGUUUUGUGCUGUAGGGUUAGCCCUUCACAAAAAGCGGCUGUCGUAUCCUUAGUCAAGAGGUCGUUAGAUGUCACUACACUUGCGAUUGGUGAUGGCGCCAAUGAUGUUUCAAUGAUUCAGCAAGCGGAUAUUGGGGUAGGAAUAGCUGGUCUUGAAGGUCAAGCAGCGGCGAUGUCUUCGGACUAUGCCGUGGGUCAAUUCCGCUUUCUGUCUCGCUUGCUUUUGAUACACGGACGCUGGAACUACAAAAGGACUUCCCAAAUGAUUUCAAACUUCUUUUAUAAGAAUGUUAUAUGGACAUUUACUUUAUUUUGGUAUCAACUUUUUAAUGAGUUUGAUGGCAAUUACAUUUUCGAUUACACCUACGUAAUGUUAUUCAACUUGUUAUUCACUUCUUUUCCCGUUAUUGUGAGUGGUUGCUUUGAUAAAGACGUGGAUGCUGAAGCAUCUCUCAAGUAUCCUCAUUUAUACAAGUCGGGUAUUUUGCGACAAGAAUGGAACAAAAGGAGAUUUUGGUUGUCUGUUUUGGAUGGAGUUUAUCAAUCAAUGGUCUGCUUUGGGGUGGCCCUUUUCGUGUUUUACGCUGGCAGGUUUGUAAGCCCUACAGGCCAUCAGACUGAGUCAAUUGAAGAUAUUGGCUUAUUCAUAUCGUCACCUGUGAUAUUUGUAAUCAACACGUUUAUCCUCAUAAAUCAAGAAAGUUUAGAUCUUAUUUCUGUGGGUACGUGGUUGUUCAGCUUAAUCAUAUUUUGGUUUUGGACUGGAGUUUAUUCGGAAUGCCUAGGUUCAAACGCUUUUCAUAAAUCAACUUUUCGAGUGGGUAAAACAUUCACAUUCUGGGUAGUAAAUUUACUAACCAUUGUGGUAUCUUUGUUUCCUCGUUUGUCUACUAUCCUAGCACAAAAGUUGUUUUAUCCGAGGGAAAUCGACUUGCUGAAAGUGAAAUUGAAACGAGAAGAAAGUCUUCAGACAGAAGAUCAGGCUUCUACGGUCGAAAAUUCAACAGCACCACCUUCUUUAGCUUCUUCGGUGAGAGAUGAUCCUUCGAAUCUUUCUUAUGAGCGUUCCAGAUUUUCACUAUCCCUACCAUCCUCGCAUUCUGUAGCUUCCACAAAGCGUCCGCAAACGGUAGCUUAAUAAUGUAGAAGCAUUCAGAUACAGCUUGGAGGUUUUUGUAUAUAGACAAAUUAUUAUUAUUUAGUAAAUAAUGAUUUUAACUUUCACUUCUAAAGCCCGG